GAGCUAUGCGAAUGGCUGAUUAAUUUCCAAAUGAUCACCCACAAAAUUCCUAACAUGAAAUCAUCUGACACCAGUGUUUGUAUCACGUCUGGUUCUAUGGAAGGUCUUUGCAAGACAUUUGAAAUGUUGGUCAAUGCCGAAGAUGACAUUCUGGUCGAGACUCCUACCUACCCUGGCGUGCUCUCUGCUCUUCGACCUCUGGGUUGCAACAUCAUCUCUUUAGCCACCGAUCAUAAUGGCAUCAUUCCUGAAUCUUUGGAAAAAGUUCUCAGUAAUUAUGAAAAAACUCCAAAAUUUAUCUACACCAUCCCAAAUGGAACGAAUCCAACUGGGGCGUCGACGACAUUGGAAAGAAAGAAAAUAGUCUAUCAGCUGGCAAGGGAAUAUGACCUGUUGAUCCUUGAAGACGAUCCUUACUACUUCCUUCAAUUCAAUAAGGAACGAACUCCAAGUUAUUUGUCUAUGGAUGAGGAUGGCAGAGUCAUUAGAUUUGAUUCCUUUUCAAAAAUUUUAUCGUCCGGCAUACGGUUAGGAUUUGUCACGGGGCCGGCUUUUUUUCUAGAUCGAAUUGUACUGCACCACAUGGUUUCUACACUCCAUGCCUCACCGUUGUCUCAAAUACUUGCAUUGGAACUUUUGAAAAAGUGGGACAUUGACGGGUUAGAGAAACAUGUUUCAAAAGUAGUCGAGUUUUACAGAAAGCAAAAAGACGUGAUGAUUGAAUGUGCAAAGACGCGACUAAAAGGUUUAGCAGAGUGGCAUGAGCCAGUGGCAGGUAUGUUCCUAUGGAUGAGACUACUCGGAAUGAACGACACAAAGAAAAUCGAACAAAAAGCUAAAGAGAAAAAGGUUUUAUUCGUUCCUGGUUGUGCCUUCUAUCCGGAUGAUACUUUGCAAAGUUCCUUUGUCAGAGCAUCAUUCAGUAUGUCCACGCCAAGCGAGAUAGAUGAAGGCUUUAAAAGAUUGGCUGAGCUGAUCAAGGAAGAAAAAAACGAAUGA